AUGAAGCGCUCGUCGGAGUUUACCGAAGCCAUUCCCUACGUCCCCACGGAUAUUGUCGCCGAGAUCUUACUGCGUCUCCCUCCUAAAGCCAUCGGGAGACUCCGCUGUGUCUGCAAAGCAUGGGCCGCCCUCGUUUCCUCCCCUUACUUCAUCACCACCCACCUUAACUGCUCCACCUCCAACAAGAAAAACCAGCAGAUUCUCUGCAGCCUUCCUUUCAGAAACCCCCGCCACCGCCAGGCCAUCUACAUCCUCCGCCGCGGAGGCGACCCGACCCCUCUCCUCACCGAUUUCCCUCCUUCCGUCCACUUCGAGUCCGACCCAGAAUGCCCGGUCCACGUGAGCUCCCACCACGGGUUGGUCUGUCUGUGGACCCACACACAGGCCCACCUCUGGAACCCGUCCACCGGUGAAACCCGCGCUCUCCCCGCCGUCCACCAUCGCCCGUCCCACCGGCUGCGGUACGUCUGGGGGGGGCUUGGAUCCCACCGGCUGAGCGACGGCACCGAAGAUUACAAGGUGGUGAGAGUCCUCCGCUUUAAAAGCGGGGAAAGCGGAGAACAGGAGAUCAAAGGGGAGGUGUACAGUCUGAGGGGGGAUGAUUGGAAAGACGUCGCCUUCAACUCGAAGACGAAGUUGAUCCGCUCGUGCGACCGCGAGGUGGCGGCGGUUAACCAAACCAUGAACUGGGUUGGGUUGCUGAUGCCAUUUGGGUGCGCGGUCGUGUCGUUUGAUGUGGCAGCGGAGUCGUUUCGGUUCGUAGAGUUUACGGAGGAUUGCCUGUAUCUGCCGAAAAUUGGGGUGUGGGAAGGGAGCGUUUGCGUGUUGAUUGCGACGGCGGUGGGCGGUUGGGAGGUGUGGGUGAUGGGGGAGAGGACGGCGGCGGCGGCGUGGAGAAAGGUGUUGGGGUUUACGGCGGAGGGUGACCUGGCGGGGGCGGUGCCGAUGGGGCUUACGUUGGGUGGGGAGGUAGUGAUGUUGAAGGAAGGGAAGGGCAGGACGGGGCGGGUGAUGGUGAAGGAUGGAGGGGGAGAGAAGGGAGUAGUAGUGAAUGUGGUGGAGGAAUUUGUUUUACCAAAGGAUGCGUACGGGGUGCAUAUGCAUGUCCUGUUUGGUCAUUUGGAGACUUUGGUUUCGGUUAAUUCUGCCCCAGGAUGUACUUCUUGCGUUGGGUCCGACAUAUUGCAGCAGCAGGGGAUCACGGAUUUGAGCAAGUGGAAUUGCUUGUGGGGAUUCUUCUUCAGGAUUCUGCUCUACUUCUCUUUUUAG